GAUUCUAUUCUUGGAUUCAGUUCAAGCUGGAAUACGGAGUACGUAUUAAGCUCGCCGUGCCGCCCGCACUUAGAGAGAGAGAGAGAGAGAGAGAGAGAGAGAGAGAGAGAGUCGCUCCGCCUGAUCUGGCGUCGUCGCAUCAUGGGGCUGUUGGCAUUCAAUCGGCUCAUGCCUAUGCAGCGGGGUCGGCGUCGCCGGCCAACUCAAGGCCGCAAUGGAUCGGUGACUUCAGUUGCUAAAAGGAAGGACUCACAUGAUGACAAUUCCCGGAGUCAUAAAAAGUUGAGAUACUCAGGACCAAGCCUUCCAGAGGCCGUAUGGCAUCAUAUACAUUCUCUUCUUCCUCUACGAGAUGCUGCACGCGUUGCCUGCGUGUCUCAUUCGUUUCGACGUUCUUGGAGAUGUCUUCCCAAUCUCAGCUUAACUAGGGAAACACUGGGUUUGAAAGGCGGGGUCGGCGGGAUAUCAUCUAAAAUAGCGCUUGAUCUUGCAAAGAGAACCGACCACAUUCUGAAAAACCACUCAGGCGUUGGCGUGAAGGCACUCAAACUUGAAAUACGUGAAUUUCCCUUUUUCAGCACCUCAUGUGAUGAUCUCAAUCGUUGGCUUGGUAUUGCCGUUAGACCAGGGAUUGAAGAACUUUAUCUGCAGCUUCAUUCAUCUCAUGCGGACGUGUACAACUUCCCAUGCACACUUCUACUUGAUGGGAGUGGCAAGUCGAUUCGGCACCUUCAUCUCGGUGAAUGUGCCUUCCGUCCCACAGCUGGAGUUGGCUGCUUAAGAAGCCUGACUAGUUUGGAACUGUAUGAUGUGCAUAUUACAGGGGAUGAGUUAAUGUGCCUUCUUUCCAGUUCAGUUGCUUUGGAGAAAUUGACACUAGCGUAUUGCGAUGAGUUGAUUUUCCUGGAGAUACCUAGCCUGCUGCAGCGGCUUAGCCACCUGGUUGUCCACGACUGCUUAAAUCUGGAAGUGAUAAAGAAUAAGGCCCCUUAUCUCUACAGUUUUGAAUAUGGUGGUGCCCUGGUACGACUAUCACUUGGUGUUUCAUUGCAAAACCUUGACAUUGAUGCUUCAGGGUGGGACGUUAUUCAUUAUGCUGGUGCCAAACUUCCAUGCAUGGUGCCAAAUCUUGAAGCUCUUAACAUACAUUCGUCUUAUGUGAGGGAUAUACUGGUGGUACCUGGCAAAUUCCUCCACCUCCAGCAUCUGUGUAUUGGGACAUUUACCCCAGACUAUGAUUAUUUCUCUCUGGUUUCUUUUCUUGAUGCUUGUCCUUCCUUGGAGACUUUCAUAUUGUCUGCAGAGCCGGAUUGCAUGGAGCAAGAAUCAGUUUUAGGAGAUUCUUUUCAUGAUCUAAGGCAGAUGCCAGGACACAUGCAUAGGAACAUCAAGGAUGUGCAGAUCAUUGGUUUUUGUUCUGCGAAGAGCAUGGUUGAGCUGACAUGCCAUAUUCUUCAGAAUUCAAAGCUGCUUAAGCGCCUUAAACUGAGCACCUGUUACAAUGGUGAGAUUUUGUGUUCCUACAACAAUAACGGUAAAUGUCUCCCGAUGAGUAGGGGUAUGAUGAUGGAAGCCCAUAAAGCUCUCUUGGCGGUGGAAAGAUAUAUUUUGGGGAAAGUUCCCUCAACCGUCGACAACACAUAUUACUCCAGUCCUGAACCUCAAUUGGCACAUCAAGAAAGAUCCAUUGCUAUUUCAAUUCGCAAGGGGAGUUCAUCUAAAAGAUGUCGCAGCCGUCGGGAUGCAACCGCCGCCUACACGGAUCUCCAUAUCAGGCUCCUCCCCGCAUGCUCCUCGUCGUAUGCUCCGUCGCGGUCUGCUAAUGCGACGACCACCGAUAUGGAUCUCCGUCCCAGGCUGCCGUUGCAGAUUACCAUUGAGACGGCCACCCACACGGCCUAUCAAUGA